CACAAUCUGCUUGAGUCACAUUGAUGUUUAAAUUUUCAUAUAAAAAGAAGCCAAGAAAAAUAAUUUAAUCAUUCAAUAAUAUGUCAUCAAAGUUAAUAAUAAUCUUGGGAAUUUUCCUAGCAGUAGCUGAAGCUCGCUAUGCUCCUGAAUCAUCAAAGCCUUAUCUAGGCUACUCAAAUACAAAAUUUGAUAUAACUAAAAUUGUUGGAGGUUCAGAGGCUGUUAAAAAUAAUUAUCCUCAUCAAGUUAGUCUACAAUGGGGAACACCACCUUUAACACAAGUCAGUCAUUUUUGUGGUGGUUCAAUAAUUAGUGAAAGAUGGAUAUUAACAGCAGGACAUUGUGUUCUUGCAGUUCCAGAUUAUGGUUCUUUUAUUGUUAAAGCUGGUAAACAUGUAUUAAAUGAACAAGAAAAUGAAGAACAAUCAAUUGAAGUUGAAGCAUCAUUUAUUCAUGAAAGUUAUUCAGGAGGAGUUGCACCAUAUGAUGUUGCUAUUCUUAAAUUAAAAGUUUCUCUUGUUAUAAAUCAAUGGGUAUCACCAAUUAAAUUACCCAAACAAGGCAUUCUUCAUAAUGGUGAUGCAGUAUUGACUGGUUGGGGUUCAAUUGUUCCAUCUGGUACAACUCUUCCAUCAAAUCUUCAAACAGCUGUAUUUCCAAUUAUCGAUUUGGAUACUUGUAGAAGUAGUCUUGAACAAAUUGUCGGACCAUCACCUCUUCAUGAAACAAAUAUUUGUACUGGUCCACUUACUGGAGGUUACUCUGCAUGCAGUGGUGAUUCUGGUGGACCACUUAUUUCAAGACAACCUCAACAAGAUGAUGAAAUUAUUGGCAUUGUUUCUUGGGGAAUUAUACCAUGUGGUACCCUUGGAGCACCAAGUGUAUUCACUCGAGUCUCUGCAUUUGUCGAAUGGAUUGAGAUAAAAAUAGCUAGUAAUUAAAUUUAAAUGUUAGAAAAAUAUUUGAGUAAUAUAUAUUUUUUUGAUUAUUGUAAUAACAUAUAUAUUAUAAAUGUGAUAAUAAAGUUGGACUUCUAUGUAUGAGUAUA